AUGGAGCCAGGCAAGGAGCCCCGAGUGACCACGGGGGAGAAGCCCAGCGAACCAGAGCCGGCGACUUCCUUCCAGGCCCGGCUGUGGAAGAACCUGCAGCUGGGGGGCAAGGGCCGGAGCGGCGGCGGGCGGGCAGCUGCCGAGCGCCGCACUGCGGAGCCCCUCGCCCCGCCGCCGCAGGCCGGCGGCAAGGGGGACCUCCAGCCUGGCGGCAAGUGGAGCGGCUUCAAGAGGCGGCGGCAAGUGCUAGACCGAGUCUUUUCGUCCUCGCAGCCUAACCUGUGCUGCUCGGCCGCCGAGCCGCUGGAGCCGGCCGGCGAGUCCGGCUCCACCCUGCGCCGCCUGCGCGAGCACCUGCUUCCCCAAGGGAAGGGGCCGCCGGCCAGCCGCCGCCCGGAGCCCGCCGCCGGCUGUGAGGGGCCGGCGGGCGGCAGGGAGGGGCGCCGGCCCGGGGCGCACCUGUCCCACCAGAAAAGCUCCUCGCUGCCCAGUACCGCCUGCCUGGAGCAGCUGCUGCAGGGCUCGCCCGCCGCCGGCAGGAUCCAGGACCAGCGGACGGAGGACGGCGACAGCAGCGCGAGAACAAAUUCAUUUGGAACUAGUAAUGCAGAUUUCCCCCCCGGGGACCCUGGAAUGUACCAGUUGGAUGUUACUCUAAGAAGAGGACAGAAUCUAGCUGCACGGGACCGUGGAGGAACAAGUGAUCCAUAUGUCAAGUUCAAACUUGGAGGAAAAGAAGUAUUUAGAAGUAAAACAGUAUACAAGAACCUUAAUCCUGUCUGGGAAGAAAAAGCUUACAUUCUUAUAGAUAACCUAAGAGAACCAUUGUAUAUAAAGGUAUUUGAUUAUGACUUUGGACUUCAAGAUGACUUCAUUGGUUCGGCAUUUUUGGAUCUCACUUCAUUGGAAUUAAACAGGCAAACAGAUGUUACCUUGAGUCUGAAGGAUCCUCAUUACCCUGACCAUGACCUGGGAAGUAUAUUCCUGUCUGUUCUGUUGGCUCCAGGAGACCAGCGGGAAGCGACAAUGCUAAUGAGGAAGAGUUGGAAAAGAUCAAGUAAGUUUCAGACCCAGAGCUUACGUCUCUCAGACCUGCACAGAAAGUCUCAGUUAUGGAGAGGGAUAGUUAGUGUUACCUUAAUAGAAGGUUGUGAACUUAAGGCAAUGGAUGCAAAUGGGCUCAGUGAUCCUUACGUGAAGUUUCGUUUGGGGCAUCAGAAGUACAAGAGCAAGAUUGUUCCAAAAACUUUGAAUCCUCAGUGGAGGGAGCAGUUUGACUUUCAUCUCUAUGAAGAACGAGGUGGAAUUAUUGAUAUUACCGUGUGGGACAAAGAUGUUGGCAAAAAGGAUGAUUUCAUUGGCAGGUGCCAGAUUGACCUGUCAACCCUGAGUAAAGAGCAAACUCACAAGUUGGAGGUCCCGCUAGAGGAGGGAGAGGGAUACCUGGUGUUGCUGGUCACUCUCACAGCCUCAGCAGCAGUCACCAUCUCUGACCUCUCCAUCAGCUCCCUGGAGGACAAGAAGGAACGAGAGGAGAUAAUGAAGAGAUAUAGUCCAAUGAUGAUGUUCCAUAACAUCAGCGAUGUGGGAUUUCUUCAGGUGAAGGUCAUCAGGGCAGAAGCAUUGAUGGCAGCUGAUGUCACAGGUAAAAGUGACCCGUUUUGUGUAGUUGAAUUGAACAAUGACAGACUACUGACACAUACUGUCUACAAGAACCUCAAUCCAGAAUGGAACAAAACCUUCACAUUCAAUAUAAAGGAUAUCCACUCAGUGCUUGAAGUGACAGUUUACGACGAAGACCGCGAUCGAAGUGCUGACUUUCUAGGCAAAGUUGCUAUACCAUUGCUGUCUAUUCAAAAUGGUGAACAGAAAGCCUACGUCUUGAAAAACAAGCAGCUGACAGGGCCAACAAAGGGGGUCAUCUAUCUUGAAAUAGAUGUGAUUUUUAAUGCUGUGAAAGCCAGCAUACGAACCUUAAUGCCCAAAGAACAGAAGUACAUUGAAGAGGAAGACAGACUGUCUAAACAGCUCCUGUUAAGGAACUUCAUCCGGAUGAAGCAUUGUAUCAUGGCACUUGUUACUGCUGUUUGCUAUAUUAGCAGUUGUUUUGACUGGGAUUCUCCACCAAGAAGUCUAGCUGCUUUUUUGCUUUUUCUUUUUGUGGUCUGGAACUUUGAGCUCUACAUGAUACCACUGGCUUUGUUGUUGCUGCUGGCAUGGAACUACUUCUUGAUCAUAUCAGGAAAAGAUAACAGGCAACAUGAUACAGUAGUGGAGGACAUGCUAGAGGACGAGGAAGAAGAGGAUGACAGAGAUGACAAGUCUAGGAUGGGAAAAACAGAUUUUAUCCUAGCAAACUGGUAUUGUUCUGAAGGUUUGAUGUUUGAGGACAGUGAAAAGAAAGGAUUUAUGAAUAGACUUUAUGCCAUCCAGGAGGUGUGUGUCACUGUCCAGAAUAUCCUAGAUGAAAUCGCUUCCUUUGGUGAAAGGAUCAAGAAUACAUUCAACUGGACUGUCCCAUUCCUGAGCUGGCUGGCCAUUGUUGCCCUCUCUGUGUUUACCGUCAUCCUGUAUUUCAUUCCACUGAGAUACAUUGUCCUUGUCUGGGGCAUCAAUAAAUUUACAAAGAAGAUUCGAAAUCCGUAUGCAAUUGAUAACAACGAGCUACUUGACUUUCUGUCCAGAGUCCCUUCUGAUGUGCAAGUGAUGCAAUACCAUGAACUGAAACAAGAUCCUACUCACAGCCCAAGCAAGAGAAAGAAAAACAAUCCUGCCUAGCCAACUUCAUGUGUGGAGGAGACCAGCAUCUGCCAGGGGAAGAUAAAAGAGCAAGCCUAAAAGUUUUCUCUAAGCUUUUUAUUUAUCUUGCCUUUUUAUCUAGUGGGCAGAUUUUGUAACAUUAUUAAAAGGUGUUUCUCAUGGAAAAUCUAUUUCUCAUUGUAAAGACAUUUGUUUCAAGUAGGGUUUUUGCCAUUUUAAAGCCUUGCUAGAAACAAUGUAACACAUUGAAUGAGAAGAUCUAAAGUGGAGAAUAUAUAGUGCUACUUAGUGGUCAAAUAUACAUGAGAUAGUCAAAUCAUGCCAGCCAAAUCUACAAAAUGUUUAACGUUAAAUCUGACUCAGAAAUUUCUCAGAUUUUAUUUGUGAGCAUUAAUAUUUUUAUCCAAUCCGUCAUCAUUACAAUUUUCUAUGUUUUAUAUAUUGCAAGAGAAGUACAAUGAAGUGGAGCCUACUGCACUUAAGUUUUAGCAGAUUUUUUUAAAUUUCAGACCCUGAUGUUAACUCCUGGUGCAACAUUUUUCUACGUGGUAGGGCUGCUUAUAAGACAGUGAGAAACACCAAGUUCAAAUCUCUUUCUGGAGCUCCCAAAAGCACUUUCUGCUGUCUUUAUCAUUCCAUUGUAAAACCUAAAAAUCUCUGUUUCAAAAUACUGCCAGGUUUGUAACUGAUUGCCUAUCAUAUUUUUCUACAUGUACCAGUAGUCUUCAUUUGUACUACAUAGCUUAGCUCUAAUGGGUCAGACUAACUCCAUACUGCUUUGGGUGUCAUGCUAUGAACACUUUUUGUGCACAUAACUAUUUUAAUAUGGAUAUCUUGCAGAAAAGGUUUUUCAUUCAAAUCACAAGACCAUAUUAAUAUGCUUUAUGGUAUAACAUUACCUGUUACCAAUGUGAAAUACUGUGUAGAGGAAAAAAAUGCAGUUGUGGUAAAACUGAUAUAGCAGGGUUUUUUCCUUAGUUCAUAAUGUCGGUUCUUCUGAUAUGAUCUUUCCCUACUGCAUGGAAACUAUAUUAUCUUAUAAAUUACAUGGAACAUAGAUGAGAAACAUUUACAUUUCAAAUGUCUUAGUGGCAACUGCAUAACGAGUACUUGGGGAUAUAUUCUGGUAGCUGCAUGCAGACAUCCACACUCAGCUCCCCACACAGUGAGCAGAGACUCAUUCCUGAGGGACUUCCUGUGCACAGCUCCUCAUUAUGGUUCCCAGUGACAUUAAAGGGGAUUUUUGCCCAGGGGAGAGCGAGAGGACUGCAUCCUCACGAGGGGCUGUGGUCCUCUGUGGAUUACCUCUCACUGGUUGCAAUUGCAGAUAAAGUUAUAUUGCACUACUCUAAAAAUACUUUUUGAAAAGUGUAUUUAGAAAUACUUCGCAAG